GACAGAGGGCCAGGAUGGCUGGGGAGGUGGGUACGCAGGGAAAGCCCCACGUAGGGGCAAAGCAAUAACUCUUUCCCAGGCAGCACCACGUUGGGGGGGCAAUGCUGUGCCAAGGGCCGGGGCUGCAAACACUCAAAAUCACAGAGGCUUGGCUGAAAGCUUCCAGUGCAAUGGCGGUACCCAUCCAGAACCAAGCCAUUUGGAUUCCAAAUCUUCUCCAGCCCAUCCUUUGUGUGUCAGGGUCUUGUCUGCAGAGAUAUGGCCAGGGCUGGGCUGAUUGCACCAGCCAUCACCAUGCGCCCAUGGACUGUGUCACCAAGUGCCAUGCAGAGCCUCGGCGUGUCCCCAGUACCGCUAACGCCCCUCUUGCCAGCCGCACCCAUGCUUCUGGCGCGAAUGAACCCGCAGGUGCAGCCCGAGAACAGCGGAUCGGGCCCAGGGUCCGAGCAGCCCCCGCGGAAACGCAAAGCUGCGGAGCUCUUGGUGGUGAAAGAGCGCAACGGCGUCCAGUGCCUCCUGGCGUCCCGCGACCGGGAAGAGCAGCCUCGGGAGACCUGGGGCAAGAAGAUCGACUUCCUACUGUCGGUGGUCGGCUACGCCGUAGACCUGGCCAACGUGUGGCGCUUCCCCUAUCUCUGCUACAAGAAUGGUGGCGGUGCCUUCUUGAUCCCAUACACCCUGUUCCUCAUCAUCGCUGGGAUGCCCCUGUUCUACAUGGAGCUGGCUCUGGGCCAGUACAACAGGGAGGGGGCAGCCACCGUGUGGAAGAUCUGUCCACUCUUCAAAGCUUCAUUAAACAUCCCAGAGAAGACUUUCAUUGGUUUGACUGGAGUCAUAUGCCCAACUCUCAGCCAAUCUCUGCGGUUAUGGGAGUUGGCUACGCUGUGAUCCUCAUCGCCCUCUACGUUGGCUUCUACUACAAUGUCAUCAUUGCCUGGUCGCUCUACUACCUCUUCUCCUCCUUCACCCUUCACCUGCCCUGGACUGACUGCGGCCACGCCUGGAACAGCCCCAACUGCACCGACCCCAAGCUGCUCAACAGCUCUGUGCUGGGCAACCACACGAAGUACUCCAAGUACAAGUUCACGCCGGCUGCAGAGUUUUAUGAGCGUGGCGUCCUGCACCUUCAUGAGAGCAGUGGGAUCCAGGACAUCGGCCUGCCCCAGUGGCAGCUUUUACUCUGUCUGAUUGUCGUUGUCGUCAUCCUGUUUUUUAGCCUCUGGAAAGGAGUGAAGACAUCAGGAAAGGUGGUGUGGAUCACAGCCACGCUGCCUUACCUCGUGCUGUUCGUGCUCCUGGUCCAUGGCAUCACGCUGCCCGGCGCCUCCAACGGCAUCAACGCCUACCUGCACAUCGACUUCUACCGCCUCAAAGAGACCACGGUAUGGAUUGAUGCUGCAACUCAGAUAUUUUUUUCCUUGGGGGCUGGAUUUGGAGUCUUGAUUGCAUUCGCUAGUUAUAACAAAUUUGACAACAACUGCUACAGGGACGCCCUGCUCACCAGCACCAUCAACUGUGUUACCAGCUUCAUCUCUGGGUUCGCCAUCUUCUCCAUCCUUGGUUACAUGGCCCAUGAACACAAGGUCAACAUUGAGGAUGUUGCCACUGAAGGAGCUGGCCUAAUCUUCAUCCUGUACCCGGAAGCCAUUUCCACCCUGUCAGGAUCCACGUUCUGGGCUGUUGUGUUCUUCAUCAUGCUCCUGGCUCUGGGAAUUGACAGCUCAGAACAUUUCUCAUUCACACCUGCAUCCCACCUGCCUGGUUCCCUCCAGAUGGGAGGCAUGGAGGCCGUCAUCACGGGCCUGGCCGAUGACUUCCCGGUCCUGAAGCGACACCGGAAACUCUUCACCUUUGGAGUCUCCUUUGGAACCUUCCUUCUGGCGCUGUUUUGCAUAACCAAGGGUGGAAUAUACGUGCUGACCCUGCUGGACACGUUUGCGGCGGGGACGUCCAUCCUAUUUGCUGUGCUCAUGGAAGCCAUCGGAGUCUCCUGGUUUUAUGGUGUGGACAGGUUCAGCAACGACAUCCAGCAGAUGAUGGGGUUCAAGCCGGGCCUGUACUGGAGACUCUGCUGGAAGUUUGUCAGCCCUGCCUUCCUCCUGUUUGUGGUGGUCGUGAGCAUCAUCAACUUCAAGCCGCUCACCUACGACGACUACAUCUUCCCGCUCUGGGCCAACUGGGUCGGGUGGGGCAUCGCGGGCUCGUCCAUGGUCCUGGUUCCCUCCUACGUCGUCUACAAGUUCCUCAGCACGCGGGGCUCCCUUCGCGAGAGACUGGCCUAUGGCAUCACCCCGGAGAACGAGCAUCACCUGGUGGCCCAGAGGGACGUCAGGCAGUUCCAAUUGCAGCACUGGUUGGCCAUCUGAACCUGGCCCCGAGGAGGAGCCCUGCUGCGCCGACGUUCAGGUCAAAGGCUUCCUACCACCCAGCCGCUGUCUUGGGUUUCCUCUCCCAUUCCCCUUGUCCUCUUUUCCAAGUUACACCUGAUUUAGUGACCUGGUUUGCAUUCACCUUCUGUUCACCUGGCCUGAGGGCUGUGAGCUUGGAUGGGUAAGCCUUGUGGGAGGAGAGGAGGGGACAGGAAAAAGGACUUCUGUUGAACCUCUUUAGUUGUGAGGACUCCCCUCCAGUGGGGGAGCCGGCCCGAGCUGAGGUCCACGGCCCUGGGCAGAGCGUCCCACCAUGUUUGCUGGCACUUUGGUCCACAGAAGAAAUCCUUAGUCCCCCAAAGCAGACAGAGGAUGUUGCUUUUUGUCAGACACCAGAAAACCAAAACACAGUAUGAAAAGCCUGGCUGAAUUUGGGGGGUAUGUAGAUCUUGCCUCUCUCGAGGUCCUGGGGUAUAUUUGUCACUAUUGUGAAGUCCUUGGGAGAGAAGCUUUGGGGGAUCAUGAAUAGAAACCUCUGUAGUUUUCACUCUGGUUGAGCUGGGUUUGAUUUGUGUAUGUUCUGGAAUAUUCUUCUGGCUUCUGGUGAUCCAAGGGUCCAGAGCUUUGGGUGGCACAAGGAAGAACAUAGGUGAGCCACAUUAGCCACUUCUGCAGAAGAACCAGACAAGCCUCUAGAGACCACAUCUCAGCCUCACUCUGUCAGGUACCUGGAGCCCAGAAGCCUGUCUGUGGCUCCUGAGACCUUCCGGGGUCUGGGGCCUUCACUGUGGGAUUCUCUGCUGUCCUCGUGAGGCCAGGUGGGUGUCCAAGGGCAGCGCCAUAGGCUGUCUGUUUAUGUAUUGUUCACUGACACCUGCAAAGCCUGUCCCUGGGAAUCCCACCUGCACAGAUCGGGGGUCUGGAGUGAUGGGGCAUGGACCCCUUUGUCUCUCUUCGUGGACCAGACUUUGCACCAUGGAGGGCAGUGUGGAACCAAGUGCAUAGCACUCAGGUUGAGGGGCGAGUAUUCUGAGUUGAUGGAGCAGGUUGGCGGUUGGAGAGCAUUUCUAGACUGACUUCUGAUGGAAACUCAUGAGUGGCACCCUCUGGUGGUGAUGCUGGUUAGCUUCAGCUCAUGGAGAGAAAUGAUCUGUAGUUUGGUAAGUCAGUCAGUGGCAUCCAUUUGGAUUUUCUAUUUAUGGUUUGAGUUUCUUGCACCCUCACUGGAAAUCUAAACUUGUGGGUACUUUUUCUUACUGUGGGAGCUUCUGUUGCAGAAUCUUGGGCAAAAAAAGAGAGGGAGACACAGAUCCAAAAGGUGCUUUGGGGAAAGUGGGGUGUCACUGAGCCCCAGCAGUUGAUCAUGCCACAUCUGUGACAGGUGGUUAUGUGUGGGCUAGCUGGGGGCAGGGAGAUGGUUUUUUCCCCAGAGUUAGAGUUCUGCUGCAUUGGGGUUUUUAUGUCGUUCUUUAAAGAAAAGUGGGAAAAUCAGGAGAUGUUGGAUUUUUCCAUGCAAAAAGUCCAGUUCAAAAUCUGAGACAGGCUUCGUGGCAGAUGUCUUGGACCCUGAAAAAGGUGAGGCCUCAGAGCAUCUACCAGAGUGGAAAAAUCGGGGGGGGGGGCCUGGGAAUGAGAGCAGGGUAACCAGUCUCUCAAGGAAUCUAGCCCCAGAAGUGACUUUGAAUCCUCCUGUGAAAGGUAAUUCCUCCCUAGGUGUGACUACUUUUUUUUUUUUUUUUUUAAACAAAGCACUUUCAUCCACAUUGACUCCCAUCUGCCCAGCAAGUACUGCAGGGCUGGCUUCUGUGUCCCCAUUUCCCAGGUGAGAAAACCGAGGUCCAGCAUUUCAGUCACUCUUACUCAAGCUACUAAGGUAAGGGCUCUGAUUGGACCUUAGGUCAGAACAUCCGACUCUCAACUGAGAGCACUUUGAAAUCCCCAGCACUACACCAGGUAGUUCACCCCACCCGGGGUUGUCAUUAAACAUAAACAAAAUUCCUUAUGGUCAAGUGGCCGGGGAGUAUUGAUUAGAAAAAAGCCACAAUGUGUCGGAAGAAGGGACCAGGCAGGGAGUGCUGUGUCGUCUCUUGUAGCCGGUGGCCAGAGAGGAUGUGAUUGAGCUGCUUUCCUCUGAUGAAAAUCAUCACUCUAGGGAAGAGGGGGAGGUGAAAAGCUGAGGCUGCUUGGCAGACAGGAGAGCAGAGAGUGGGCAAAGCCUGUGUCUUGAGGGCACAUUUCAGAGAGCGCCCGCCAUGGCCUGCAGCCUUUCUGCCCCAGGCGAAUCGGAGAUGCGGUGCUAUCCCAGCUGACACCAGCCACCCCACUGGUGCUGCCUUGCAGGGGGAGCUGGCUGCUGAGUGGGGGUUGGCCCUGGGAGUGGAGGGUGACCCUGCACACCCGUGGAUAUUCUCGAGGAGGUGCUGGCAGAGCUUCUGGGUUCACCUUCCACCCACGCUUAAGGGAGAGGGAGCAUGUGCUUUUUCCUAAGUGAUGCUUGACUUCUUAUGUGCGUAGCAGAGGUUCUCUGGGACCAGGGUGCUCCUGUGUCCUGUGUAGGACAUGUUUGAUAUUUUACCAGGUUUUUAAAGCAUUAUUGUUUUCCAUGAAGUGAAAAACUAUCUAAGACCAUCAUGUUAACAUCGACUCAAUGUGUCACUAAUGAUUUAGCGUCCACCUAUGAGUUGGUCUUCAUUCCAGAUGUGAAUGAGACAGAGGGGAAGGGGACCUGCCAACUCGUGCCAAUAUCCUGCUGAACAAAGGUCCCCCAAGCUGCCUUAAAUCUCAGAGGGGUUCCAGCCCAGGGGUAGGGGGGUGGGGAGCCAGACUCUUGCUGAACAAUCCGUUUUGCAGCCCUGGUAAUGUGAGACCGAACAUUCUCACCAAAGAUGCCAUUUCUUAGUAAGAAGCCCACUGAGUUCAUUUUGUUCAUUUCCUUUGAAAUCCAUGGAAGGGAGAAGAACAGAGGGGGAUUUUGGUGUAGAGGAAACAGCACAGCAUUUAGAGUUGCCCAGACCUGUCUUGCUGGGUGGCCUGGGGAAAGGGGCGCCACCUCUCUGGGCUUCGGAGCGCUCUGUAAAAGCAAGGAUUGCCUCAGAGAAUCAAAGGUCUCAUCCAGUAAAACCAAUUUCCGGUCUCCAUAACGGCGUUGUUGUGAUCCAAAUUUACAACGAAGGAAGCACAUCAUCGUUUACUGUAGGACUUUCUAGAAUGAUCUUGUGGCCAAAAACCUACCGUUGAACAGAGACAUGUCGGAACUAUGAUUUUUUUCCUGGACAUUCAGUAGUUCCUCUUUCUCCAGUAUUUCUUCAGCUGAUGCCAGAAACACUGAGUAUUGAAAAAAAAAAAUAAGUUCAACCCUUCGGUUUUGAGGAAUUUGAGGGUUAACAGGCUGCCAUGCCUUUGUGCAUCCCAGAACCCACAGCUCUGCAGAUGUGCAGCAUGACUAUGGCUGCGGUUGUACAGGUCACCCAAAUCCUGGUGAAUGGGAAGUCGCUUUGGGGGUGCCCACCCUCAUCCCUCUCUCUCUCCACUUCUGUGUAAAUAAGGACUCGUUCAAUGGUGCCCUGUGUCAUGGACUGUUCCAAAGUCAUGCAGAUUUCUAUAUCUGGUGUGCAUUUAUUUUAAAAGCUGUUCUCUCCAUGGAAAAUUAAGUGUACAGAAUAAUAAAGGAUCUUUCCUGUGCCAUGUA